UGAGAAUGUAAAAAAUACAACAUAGUAAAAAAAGGGGAAAGAAAAAAAGGAAAGACUUAAUUAGAAGAAAAUUUCCUUCGAUAUUGUGCUAUAAAAUUUGGAAGCAAGAAGCAACAUGCCUUGCGAUGGUAAAAACCCGAAUUGCGAUAGAAGGCGCGAGCUAUUAGCGCAAUUAAAAUGUUUAAUCAGCUCAAUGGAUAAGAAGAAACCAUGCGAGUGGGAUGAACCGUCUCGUUCACCAACAGUAUAUUGUCCUGCAGACAUUUUCUGUGCCCCUCCAUUAUGCCUUCCACCCGAAUGCAGACUUGUGAAACCAUGUAAAAGUUUCGAUUUCCGUGCAAGCAUAAUAUACAAGUGCGAAUGCAUUAAGAGAAAUGGUCUGCAAGAUAGAUGCAUGAUGUGGGAUUGCAUGGGUAAACCGGAAUGUAUGACCAAACUGUAUCCAGUCUGCGAGCCAGGUCGCGGUGCUUUAUUAAAAUUAACCGACUUGGGCGAUGUGGAGGUCGCUCUUAAGAAGUUUUAUCAAGCGGAGCAAGUUAGAGAGGCUGCUCUGGCUGCAUAUUGUAAACUAGUUUGCGACAAAGCUCGUCAAAAGCAAACUCUGCCAUGUGGCGGAAGUAAUAAUCCAAAUGUCAUGACUGUAAGGAUUAACAUACCGAAUAAUAGCGAUUGUAACGUAGACAAUAAUAACUUGGCGUAUAAAUCAGCACCUUGCGGCGAUCUUUCCUAUCAAACUCGCGCAUCAUCACAGGCCAAUCCUAAUUAUGCAUUACAAUCUUCCGAUAUAUGUUGUCCAUUUCUCAAGUUAGAAGAACCUUCUUUUUCACACAAUCUACCUCCAGUAAUAUAUUUACCUUCUUAUCCACCAGCUUGCCCAACUCGCAUACCAUGUUCGGUAUUUUGAUCUCAAGAUACUUACCUAAAUAGCUUUAUAUUUUCUUUGAAAUUCGUUAAAAUUGUAUUGCUCUUUUUUGUAUCAAUUAUAUCUGUUGACUUUUAUAUAUCGUAAAAUAAUAAAAAUUUGUUAUAUGUAAUAUGAAUGAUAUUGCUGCAAAAACAAUCAGCAACAAGAAUGAGUUGAAUAAAAAGUUGUAACAUUUUA